AGAAACAUUCUUUACUUUACCAACUGGGGAAUCUACAGAGCCAACUUUCAACCUCAAAACAUCCCCGCUUCUGAAGUCACCCACGUUCUCUACUCGUUCCUGGAUAUCGCCCAAGAUGGAACUGUCAAAUCUACUGAUACUUGGGCCGAUACCGACAAGCACUACGAUGGAGACUCAUGGAACGAGUCGGGUAACAACGUAUACGGCUGUGUCAAGCAACUCUACAUCCUCAAGAAAAAGUACCGCAACAUGAAAGUCCUCAUGAGCCUCGGCGGAUGGACGCUCAGCCCACACUUUGUCCAACCCGCGAGCACACUAGCCGGGCGGAGAAAGAUCGCCGCGAGUGCCGUCAAGCUACUCGGCGACUGGGGCUUUGACGGCAUCGACGUGGACUGGGAGUAUCCUCAGAAUGCCCAGCAGGCUCAGAACUAUGUCGACCUGCUCAAGGAGAUUCGUCUGGCUCUUGACAAGUUCUCUAGAGAUAGCAAGCUCAACUAUCGUUUCUUACUCACUGUCGCCACGGCUGCCGGUCCUGCCAACUACAACGUUAUGAAGCUCAAGGCUAUGGAUCAGUACCUUGACGGCUGGCAUCUCAUGGCUUAUGAUUAUGCUGGUGGCUGGGAUACCACUACUGGCCACCAAGCCAACGUUUAUCUAUCUUCCAGCAACCCCCUUUCAACCAAGUUCAGCACUGACAGGGCCAUCAACGACUAUGUCAGCGCUGGAGUAGCCCCCCAGAAGAUUCUCAUGGGUAUCCCUCUUUAUGGCCGUUCAUUCGCCAAUACAGCCGGCCUCGGCCAGACUUACAGUGGCGUCGGCGGCGGCAGCAACGAGAACGGCAUCUACCUAUUCAAAGACCUUCCCCGUCCCGGCGCAAAGGCUGCCAUCGACAAGAACCUCAUGACCAUCAUCACCUACGACAAGUCGAAGCGUGAGCUUGUCACCACUGACAGCGCCGACUCUGCCAGGCUCAAGGCGGCGUACAUCGCCCAAAGGGGCCUUGGUGGUGCGUUUUACUGGGAGGCCAGCGGUGACAAGCUAGGAGCUAAGAGCGUUGUAUCAGCGGUCAAGAAGAGUUUUGGGACCCUGGAGGUUUCUCAGAAUCUGCUGAGGUACCCGACGAGUGUAUACGACAAUAUCCGUAAUGGGAUGCCCUGA